UCGUCUAGUAUCGUUUUAACCUCUGAAGUCAAAAUGGCUUUAAAUUAGAUUUACAUGAAAUAAAGGGAUCUAAAUAAGCUAGAAGACUUUUAAAAGCGAUCGGGGCUACGGAGAGACCAUCAUUUGUGAUUGAAUAUCUUUCUAUAACACUGGGGUAACCUAGUUACCUUCGUUUGUGAUUGAAAACCUAUAGAUAAAAUGGCGAAUAACGAUGACACACCUGUGUUACAGAAAGGUUCAGAUAUAUUGAUUGAUUACUGUUGUUCAGUGUGCGAGGACAAUGAUACAUUAAAAGAGGCGCAGACAUAUUGUGAGGUGUGUUCUAAGUGGUUCUGUGACCAGUGUAUGUCUCUUCAUGGCCAGAUGUACAAGAAGCACACAACACUUGGGAAGAGUGACCAAGGAAAAUGGCCGGUCGCCAAGGGCGUAGCUGAGCUAUUGACACAAUGUGAGAUACACAAAGGGGAAAACAUUAAAAUGUUCUGUGCGGACCACAGUCAACUAUGCUGCACGACGUGUGUACUGCUCGAUCAUAGGCAAUGUAACAAUGUGACUCAAAUCUCCUGUGGAAAUCACAAAAAGGAACACGAAGAUCUACAAAAGCUUACAAUAGACAUCAAUAACUUGACACAGCGUCUAAGAAAAAUGGUAGAACAAACAGAGUGCAAUGUCAAGUCACUUCAGUUUGCGUACGACAAAAUUUUAGAAAAGAUUACGCUCGAGCGUCAGAAAAUUAAUGCCGCACUAGAUUUAGUGGAGCGGCGUACCAUAAAUGAAGGAAGAGCCUUAGUUACCCGUUUGCAAAAAUCACUGCAAGCUGAUGUGGACUCGGGUAAAGCUGCUCUGAAAAGGAUACAAUCCCUUCAAGAAGCGUCAGAUAAAAUUGAACCACAUAAUUCAGAAUUAUCUACUGUGGCAUUUAUGAAAAUCAAAAAAGAGCUGUUAACCUCGGACUCAAUUGUACGCGAGAUGGCGUCAAAAACUGAUUCCACUUUAUCAUUUACCCUUGACACAAAUAUUAAAAAGUGUUUAGCUACAAUGACAAUGCUUGGGUCUAUAAACACUUCAGAAAAUAACACAAUGAUUGCGACAACACGAAAAACAGAUAAUAAUGUAAAAGUUAGUGGUGAAGCAAUCUGUGAGAUACGAGGCAUAAUUGAGAUGUCAAACGGUGAUGCCAUUAUUGCCGACGGUGUUAAGAUAAAUAAAGAUAACGAAUUUGUGCUUGAGACUUUUUACCAUCGGAGUGGAAAAGAGUUCCAGUGUAUCUACCAGAGUGGCAUGCGCUUUUACUUCGAUGACUUGGGCUCUAAGGAAUGGAAGCCGUUUCCUAAGCGCUGGUACAACGAGGGUCUACUUGUUACCAAUACCAUUCACAAGAAAGACAGUCAGGAAAAAGAUUCUCCCUGGGAGCCUGCAGACUGUGAGAAGCUCAUCGGUACGUGCCAUGUCCUGCUCCAGUCCGUGGCGUACAACAUCGUUAUACAGGAGAAACUCGUGAUCUCAGACUUCAAAGGUCAGGAUCAAGGUCACGUUGACAUCGCCAUCGUCCCGUGCACAAAAGACUUCAAACCUGUCGGUGAGGAUAAAUUUGUGGAAGAUCCGAAAGAAUUGAGCUUCUGUCGUUACAAGUUUUACCUGGACAAAGAUUACGUGCAGACCAAUGAAAUCUCUGGCACAAUCAACUUCGAAUUCAACCACGAAAAGCAGGUCACCAUCAAAUCGGUCACGGAGCAGUUCAUCGAAUAUCUGAACAAUGAGUCCCUCUACAUUGAAGUCUGGGGUCGACAAAAGGCUGGAAAAGGUCAAAAGGAGAAGACAAUGAAGGCUGUACCAACGUGGGGAGACCGACAUGACAUCCUGUCUCUGCUACGCGCUUGCAACUACGACCCAGACGAAUGUAUAUCCAUCUACAUGCAUCUACAGAAAGAUGCGUGGAUGAAGGCUCCAAAGACUGCCAAGGAAGGCCAGACCAUAGAGGAGGAAGAGCACAUGAAUCAUCCGCGAGCUAAAGAUUAA